AUGGAGCAGCUCGUGCUGGGUGAUAAUACGUUUGACCACCACCCCUACGCCCGCUACGCUACAGAUGUUACCUUCCAACAGAGUAGCAUGCCGUCGGGCAAAAUGAAGGAGCGCGCGGCGUAUUACAGUGCGAAGCAUCAUCUUCAUGGCUACAAGGUAGAGGUGUCAGUAUUACCCAAUGGGCUUGCCUUGAACUGUACAAAGCAUUACCAUGGUAUCGAAGCCGAUAUUGAGAUUUUCCGUCACAACCACGCCUUUCACCUUCAGCACCUUCUCAAGAGCUCAAGCAAAAGAAUAUGGCGGAUGAGAGUCCGAUGA